AAUCCCUAAAAUAAAUAGCUCUGUAAGGUUUCGACAUUGGAUGCUGACCAUAUGUUUUAGUGGACUCAUCUAGCUGAAGGCGCUCGGUCAAGCAUCCGCACCAGAUCACGUGUGGUAACGCCGUGCUCAACAUCAGUCGCAAUCACUAGCCAGAUUAGAUCAGAGAAUUCCGAUAUAUUGGUCAUCGCCAAAUAUACUCUUCCGAUCUCCUCGACUCUGUCUUUUGAUUUCUCUGGGUGGGAACGAAAUACAUUAGGUGUUACUGGUAGAAGCGUUGUCAAACACUGAAUACCUGUGACAUCAUCAGCUGGAUUGAAUCAGAUAAUGCGCUAAAGGAUUUCCAUAAAGUAUGAUAGGAUAACUCUAUGUUUUCUCAGAUGAUCCAUACACACUAUGUUCACGCAGAAAGUAGAUUGUUGAAGGAUGUGAGAUAUAAAUACUUGUUCGUAGUGUUUCGUUGCACGUUUGGUCGUAAACGUAAAUCAGAAGGUCUGAAUGUGAAUAAAAAACCGUCUAAAUUUUUAAAUUGCCAAUCGAUGUUUCGCGUAAGAUUGGAGGGUCAACAAUACGUUAUAAAAUCUUACAACAUGUCUCGCAACCAUCCGUGUACUAGUUCGUGGAUGGUUUGUGAUCCGUUGAGUAG